GCAAUUACAUUUCAACAGUGUGUUUGGGACCGUAGCUCUGCGGGCUCAUCUGCAGUACAGUGGUUUUCACGGGUAUGCUGGUGAUCUAACAGCGUGGGCCUUAUGUGGGAACUUCUUUAUAAAAAGGGGUUGGUUUGGAAAGGAAAGAGCGACAACAGUGUGAGGAAAGUCUGUGCGCCCGGGCAGUCUCUUUCUUUCUGUUCAUCAGCUUGGAAUGACGGGAAAAUCCGCGCCUUCGUGCCCGCUACGGGAGAGCCAAUGUACGAGAUCAACAACGCCCAUAACCUGGGAGUGACGGCAAUUGCUGCGACCAGCGACUGCAAACAGAUCAUUAGCGGAGGAGGUGACGGGCAGGUGAGGAUCUGGAAUAUUGGUGAGAAAACCCAGAAGCUGAGGGAAGUUCUGAAGGAGCACAGAGGUGCCGUGUCCUGCAUCAAGACUAAUAAGAACGACAAAGAGGGUGUCACAGCCAGCCUGGACGGAACGUGCGUCAUCUGGGAUCUUGAGCGUUACGUGAGAAAACAAAUGAUCCUAGACAACACAUUGUUCAAAUGCGUGUGUUACCAUCGCGGAGAGUACCAGAUCAUCACCAGUGGAACAGACAGAAAGCAGGUUGUGUCCCAGGGCGGUGCUGAAACCCGUGUGCUGCUCACGGCCAGCUGA